AUGACCCCACCUUUAUCUCGAACAUCAGCUCACGCGACUCCAGGGAAACUUCGUGUCUCGGAACUUCUCUUUGAAGUACCUAAAGACUAUACCAAUCCUGAACGAGGCACUAUUCAACUUUUUGCACGUUCUGUCGGCCGUCAUGAAAAACCAGCCGCCGUUCCUACCGAGGAAGACCGCCGCAAGAGAGCACAAAAACCAUGGUUUGUCUAUCUGCAGGGUGGUCCAGGAUUCGGCUGCGCGGCACCUCAGAACGCUCCUAUAACGAACUUUAUCCUUGACAAAGGAUAUCAAUUGCUGUAUUUGGAUCAGAGAGGUACAGGUCUAAGUAGUCCUAUUACAGCAGCAACAUUGGCGUUGCAAGGCGACGCUCACCGCCAAGCGGAUUAUCUAAAGCUCUUCAGAGCUGACAGUAUUGUUAAGGAUUGUGAGGCUAUCAGGAAGACGCUGACACUUGAGUAUCCCGCCGAGUUGAAGAAAUGGUCCAUUUUCGGCCAGAGUUUUGGCGGGUUCUGCGUACUCACUUACUUGUCAUUUCACCCUCAAGGCCUCCGUGAAGCUUUUACCAGUGGAGGUUUAGCACCCAUUGGCCGGACACCCGAUCAAGUGUACAAAGCUACAUAUCAGAAAGUCAUUGAGAGAAACAAGGCAUACUAUUUGAAAUACCCAGAAGAUGUAGAGGCAGUACAGUCUCUAUGCUUUCACAUAAAAUCAAAAUCCGGCGUACCUCUUCCCUCCGGAGGCGUCCUCACUGUCCGCGGACUCUUAACUCUUGGCCGGAACUUCGGUGUUCACGGCGGCCUCGACUUCGUACACGAUCUGAUUCUCCGUGCCAAAAUCGACCUCGCCCAGUUUCAAUUUAUCUCUCGACCUACUCUCGCUGCUAUAGAACGAGCGUUGACAUUCGAUGACAACGUCAUCUAUGCUAUUCUUCACGAAGCCAUUUACUGUCAAGGUGUUUCUUCGAACUGGUCUGCUGAUCGGGUAGGGAGAAGCUUCAGGGAAUUUCAAUGGCUCACUGGAUCACCGCAAUCAGCUUCAGCAGUCCGAGACGGCCCUCUAUUCUUCUCGGGAGAAAUGAUAUACCCAUUUCUUUUUGACGUGUUCCCCGAGCUUCAAAAGAUAGGUCCUGCUGCAGAUAUCGUCGCUAAAUUUGGAGAUUGGCCAGAUCUCUAUGAUGAGUGGCAACUGGCCAGGAAUCAAGUGACCCUUUAUGCGGCUACUUAUAUCGACGAUAUGUAUGUGGAUUACGGUUUAGCGCAGGAAACGGUGAAGUUGGUACAGAAUUGUCGACAAGUCAUCACGAAUACAAUGUAUCAUGAUGCUAUUCGUAGUAAGACGGAUGAUGUGCUCGAAGCUCUCUUUGCGUUGAGGGAUGAUUCAAUUGAUUGA